CUCUUCAUGGGGACACAUUAUGACAGGGCAGCAUGGCCUACAGGUUACUCUGUGAAUGGAGCACUCUGAGUUGUGCAUGUGGUGGCCUUGAACUCAGGUACAAAAAAGGGUAAGAUGACCGAGUCCGAAGCCACGGAGCCGGAGGUACCAUCACUUGUGGAUUGUUAUUUCACUCGCUGGUACAAAGCAGAUGUCAAAGGAAAGCCCUGUGAGGACCACUGUAUACUACAGCACUCUAAUAGAAUAUGUGUCAUCACACUGGCAGGAUCUCAUCCAGUCCUUCAAAGUGGAAAAACAAUUGAAAGCAUUUCCUAUCAGAUCAGUGACAACUGUAGCAGACUUCAGAACAAGGUCUCUGGGAAAUUUAAGCAGGGGGCACAGUUUCUAACAGAACUUGCACCUCUGUGUAAGAUUUACUGCUCUGAUGAAGAAGAAUAUACCGUAUCUAGUUGUGUUAGAGGACGGCUGAUGGAAGUGAAUGAAAACAUUCUCCAUAAGCCAUCUAUUCUUCAAGAAAAGCCAUCUACUGAAGGCUACAUUGCAGUUGUGUUACCCAAAUUUGAAGAAAGUAAAAGCAUAACAGAAGGUUUACGGACACAAAAAGAAUAUGAAGAAGUAGUGGUGAAACGCAUUAAUGCCACCACAGCUACGUCAUGAGGAUUGAGAUGGAUUAAAAAGUAAAGCAAGAUUCUUAUCCUUACCUGGUCCAAACCAUCAGUGCACUAAAUGAAAACACCAGUAUGUGGCUUAUCACACCCAGCUGCCCAUGGGAGAGGACUAAUCCUCCUUCCCUUAACCUCGUUUUCCCUCUUUGUCUUGCUUAAUGAGCCUGGGUUCUCAUUUGUCCUCAGCCUCCCAAAUCUGCCCUACCUGUGUACUCACUCUUUUUCUCUUACUUCUUCCUAACAA